UCGAGAAACAAAAACAAAAGGCGCAGUGCCAGCGAAUAAACAAAUAAUAAGUCAUUAUGCACGUGUAUUACAAAUUUGGAUUACUGCUAAUAUUCUUGCUUAGCGUAAGCAUUAGCCACACAAAUGCAGCUCCAGCGGGCAGCGAGGAGGCCAAGUUAAUGCCCAACACCGAUGACGAUUAUAACUAUAGUGAUGAUGACUACAGUGAUGAAACGACAGACAAGGAAGUGCCAGAGACGGCAGAAAAUAGACUGAUGCCAGAAUUAUCCUCCUCAUCGACCACAACUACAUUUCGACCAAUAUUUAAUAUACCACGACGCAGCAACCAUGUCCUGGAGCCCAGUUGUCCGCGCAACUGCCUUUGCCUGGAGGACUUCAAGUACGUUCAGUGCACAAAUGCCCAUUUAACCCAUGUCCCCCUGGAUUUGCCCAAAACGGCGGCUAUUAUUGAUUUGAGCCACAAUGUGAUUGCCGAACUGAGACCCGAGGAUUUUGCCAAUCUUUCAAGAGCGGUGGAAAUCACUCUUAACCACAAUUUGAUCAGUCACAUAGACAAGGAGGUUUUCCAAGGCUCGGAACGUUUACAGCGACUGAGAUUAGCCAACAAUCGCCUAACCAAAAUUGAUCCCGAUACAUUUUCGGCCGCCAAGGAGCUGAUACAACUGGAUUUGAGCAAUAACACGAUUAUCCAAAGACUGGACGGCUCGUUCUUGAACCAACCGGAUUUAGUAGAAUUUAGUUGUGCCAACUGCAGCUGGACGGAAUUACCGGAGCGGACGUUCGAGAAUAUGAGUUCCUUGCAAGUACUUCGCCUGAACAACAACGAUUUCAAACAGCAAAUCAAUACGAGAGCUUUCACGCCGCUAAAAAAUUUAAUUAAACUGAAGCUGCCGGAGCUGGACCAGCCCAACAUCGAGGAGCUGUGCAACUUGCUCAAGUCCAUUGAUAACAUCAGCUUCCGCCACUUUGAUGUCAGCUGCUACGAGCUUGUGCUGGGCACCUCCUUCAACGAGAGUCUGAUUACGGUCACGGAUCCGCCGUUCAACCGGAUUACAGGUCUGCCCACACUAGCCACCAGCACAGCGGAGCCAGCCACCGGAACUCCAGCACCGCCACGAACUGCAAAUCGCAAUCGGGGCAAAAUGGCCAACAACGGCACAGAUGUGGUCAAGGCCGGAAUCUUGAGUUCGGUGACCGAGAGCAACAGCGGGGUCAGCGUGGAGACAUCCACCGAGAAGGAGAAGCCCUACCAAGUGCCCAUUUCUCAGGAGGCCAUCAACACAUUGCUUAUCUGCAUCAUGGCUUUGGCCGUGAUUGGUAUUGUUAUUGGCCUCAUUUGCCGCAAGGAUAUUGGCGGCAUCAAAACCAAAUGCUGCCGCACUAGCAAACCAAAGGAGCCAAAGGAUCAGGUCCAUCCCACUGAGGAGAUACCAUUAAAUAAGCUAGCCUAAGAGAACUUUCCAAAAAACGAAGACGAAAAACAAGAAUCCUAUCCUCCAGUUUUGAGAACAAACCAAUUCCAUGUUGACGGCAUUUUUGCUAGAUUAUAAUUAGAUCUAAUUGGAUAAUUAGUUAACUACUUCACUGACAUCAUA